GUUGAAACUGGCAGCGGUGAUGGUCUAAUUCGCGAUGAGUACAAAGGGAUUGCUGUACAAAGUAUAUUUCUGCGUGUAAACUGCUCUUCGGGAGGCAGAGGCGCUACAUCAAAGCCGGGGCAGUAAAUACAUCGCCGGCCGACAGACAGACAGACAGACGAGGUGAUUGUUAGUCGCGGCCGCGCUGCUGGGAAGAGAGCUCUACCACCGCCCAGACGGGUGCCAAUGAAGGUCACUCCUUUCCUUAAAGAGGAUUUCUGAAUCUUUAACGUCGUUAAAGACCACCGGAAAUUGAAUAUAGGAUUAUUUUUGUAAACUUGUACUUGGCACCGAGGCGUGUGACGCCGUGUUGAGUUUAAUGCGAAUAGAUGAGGCGGACUCUCCCCCGAAACGACGUGGUUGGUCCCAGGUCCCUGGAAGCCGGAGUCGCUCUCGGCUACAUUGUUGCCACAUCACUGCCGGGUUAGGAGUUGCAACAGCGGCUUCCCGUCUAGGAGAGGCGGGCGUUGAACCCAGGAAUCCCACCUUACGGCACCUGAUUUCACCCGAUACCGGCAUGGAGAAUCCUCGACAGUCUGUCCCGUUACCCGGCGGCAGCGGCUUUGUUGAGGCGUAAAGGGCGGUGCCUCUGGUCUGAUAAUUCCUAUCCCUCCAUCUCUGUGAAGACGAGGAACACGGGCGGCGGUCGCAUCAUCUGUCUGUCUGUCUGUCUCCCUCGGGGCGUGAUAUGGCCGAAAUUACCGGGGCAGAAGAGGAGCGCUUCUCGCAAUUUAUCCAGUGUUUAUCCAUCGGGCAAGGACAUUCUCCUGAACAAUACGGACUACUGUGCAUUUCCCGGCCCCGUUGUUUUCUCUAUUGAUCGUGAUGUUACUGGCUGAUUUGAAUCCCGAAUAUUCCCCAAAUUCAAAAACCCGGAGGGUUGGGACGAAAACAGAAAUCACGGAAAUCCCCCGAGCACAGAUUGCUUUUUAAUUCACCCGGAAUUACAUUUAAUAUAUUAUGAAUCGCUUAACGGAGAAUAUAUAACAGAACAUAUUAGGGAGUUAUAAGAGGUGCUGAUUUAUCAUUAAUAUUUUAUUGCAGAGUAUUUAUGUUUAAAAGAAGAUUUUUAAAGGCGUGAUAUUUGUAUGGAGAUGUAAGGCGUUCAUUCUACACCGUAGAUGGUUCCAGAUCGCGCCCACACCACGAUUUAUCUGAACUGGUGCCAGAAAGAGAACCAUUCAUCGAACUGAAUUACAGACCAAAAUAAAAAAUAAAUGUAGGGAUUUGAAGGUUAAAUUCCUCCUGUCUUAUUAUUUCAGACUACACUUCUGAAUCAUUAAUUUAUUAAUGGUACAAACAAGUUGACUUUUUGACAUUGAGAAAACUGGACAAACGGCAAAACCUUACAUUGUAGGAUAAAUGAAGAUUGCAACGUUUAUUUAAGUUUUAAUCUUGACUUUGUAUACUUCAUCACUCUGUGCAGUCAUCACAAGAGUGGGCACCAGAAUGAAGGACGUUUGCAGGAUUUGUGCCCGGGAGCUGUAUGGUAACCAGAGACGAUGGAUCUUUCACACAGCUUCCAAACUGAAUCUUCAGGUCAUUCUAUCCCAUGUCUUGAGCAAAGAGGUAUCCCGAGAUGGGAAGGCAGAGUUUGCUUGCAGCAAGUGUGCUUUCAUGUUGGAUCGUGUCUACAGGUUUGAUACAGUCAUUGCAAGGAUUGAGGCCCUGUCCAUUGAACGUUUACAGAAGCUGCUUGCAGAAAAGGAUCGGAUCAAGCAUUGCAUUGCCAGCCUUUAUCAUAAAACCAAUGAAGAACCGAGCACUGAUGCCAAGGGGGAGGAUGUUGCAGUGGAUAUUUCAGACCUACCUGAUGUACGAUACCAUGCUCUGCUGCAGGAUGAUUUUGUCUAUUCAGGAUAUGAAUCUUGGACAGAACAUGGGGAGGAAGCUAUGGAAACUCACAGCUGUCAGACUUCAGAAACCUCAACCGUCAAGUCCCGGAAAUGCCGCAGCUGCUCAGCAUUGCGUGUGAACGAUGCGGACUAUGAGGCAGUUUGCAAGGUUCCUCGAAAGCUAGCAAAGACUGUUCCUUGUGAUGCAUCCGCCAGGUGUGGAAGUAGUGCUAUUGGCAGUGUAACUGCUGAGGAAGGACUUGCAAUGCCAGUCAUUCAUGAAACUAUGUCUAUCGGUCCAUGUGAAUCUAGGACUUCUGUCUAUGCUGACUCUCUGGAUAAAAUGUCUCCAGCCUCUUCUGUGGAGUCUCUCCGGACAGCAGGAGAGUCCUGUCCAGCAUCCAGUAGACAAGCGACACAAGGAGAAAAAAGUGUUAAAGAUGACAAAAGUCCCAAAUCAGAUUUCUCUGAUGGUCAAGUCUUGAAUCCUUCAUUGCAUGCUCAAAGGCUGGACUUUGUGCUCAGCUUAGUGAGCAAUGUUGAAUACAGACCAGUACAAAGCCCAAAGGGCAGCAAGUUACCAAUUCCUGUUAAGACAACUCUCUCGGGCUCUCAGUCGAGUGGUAGUUUGGGGGAUGGGAUUUUCAGAUCUCACCUGCAGAACAGUAGUUAUGAAUUUAUCAAUAGAUUCACAGAAGCUCCCAGGAUGCACCUGAACCUCGAUGAUAUGGCAGAUCUUGAAGACCUUCUACAGGACGUCCUUGAUGAAUAUAUUCCAAUUCGUACGCAGAAUCUAAUUGGGGAACAGCAGCAGCAAUUGAACCAGUAUGAGUCGGCGGCUGGUCAGUGUGUCGACGAGUUACGGAAAGCCCAGGUCCAAGUGCAUGGGUUACAGGAGAGAAUUCAAGAUUUGGAAUCUGCUAACAAGAUGUUGCAGGAGAAUCUAAAUGAAAUGGAAAGUGAGUUGAAGGCAAUGCACUGUAAGUCACAGAAGCAAGAACGUGACCAGCUGGGGCUGAGCGAGGCAUUGAAAAACAAAGACAAGGAGAUCCAAGAGCUUUAUCAUGUGGUUGAUGGUCAGAAUGAAACGGAAGCCAAGCUAACGGAGAUGAUUUACAGAAAUCAGCUUGAAAAUCUGAAGUUUUGUUCAUCCUGUCAGAGUGCUGAUGGACAGUUGACAUCAACACACGCACAACAGGCUGAGCUGCUGCAACUUCAGAGUACCUCCUUUUCCAAUCAAUUGGAACUACAGCGAAACAUAAGGCUAAUACGCCAGAAGGAGUACGAGUUGGUUGAAGUCAAACGGAGGAAAGAGCUGACGGAGACCGAUCUGCAAGAAAUGCAGCAGCAAGAGGAGGCGACCGUCAAACACAAUCAAGAGCUGCGCAGCACACUGCGACAGGUACGACAGGAGCAGCUAGAAAAGGAGCAGCUCUACCAAGCCUUGGACAGAGAGCAUCAACGUGAAGUCCACGUCCAAGAGGAGAACAUCCUGUGUCUGAAAGAUAGACUAUGUGACAAAGAACACUUCCUACAGCAAUAUAUUGAACUCUUUGAAUACCAGCAGAACGAUGAGCAAAGUGCAGAAGGAAAAGAUAUUCUGGUUGAUAAACUCUGGGAGCAUAUCAAAGAGAGAGAUAAAGCCUUGGAGAGAACCAUUGAAGAAAAGUUCAGCUCCUUGGAUGAAAAAGAAAGUGAAAUCCAGCAACUGCACCUGGCUCUACGUGAAAAAGACAGAGAUCUGGAGAGAUUCCGUCACAUCUUCUCCAAUAAUGAGGAAACAAUCAAUAGCCUGGAUGAUCUUGUGAAAGAGAAGGACCUGGAGGCCAAGCAACUAGGAACAGCGUGCAAGAAUCUGCAAUGGCUAAAACAGGAGGUGGAAGAAAAGCUUGGCAGUUCCCUCAAGGAAAAAGAUGACGUCAACAGCCAGCUGCAGACAACUUUGCAGAAUUGCAAUAAGGAGAUAGAGGACCUGACUGCAGUGUUGAUGAACAAAGUUUGUUCUGGACCCAAUGAGAUUAUGGAGCAACUAAAGCUGCAACUGCAGCAGAAGGAGCAAAUGCUGCAGGAGAUGCUCACCGACAGAUGCAAGGUGGCAACUCAUCACGAGCAAGAGGUAACACAGUUGCUGCAGACUAUCAACACCCAUGAACAGCAGGCCAAGGAUUCAGCUGAGAGGUUAGCUUGCGCUCUUGCGGAGAAGAAAUGUGAACUUCAGGCCUUGCGUCACCAACUCAUGGAGAAGGAUCGGGUAAUAGCAAAAUUCACCAAGCAAAAUAUUUCUGCGCCAGAGCUGUCAAUGGAAAUAGCCCACCUCAAAGAACUUCUUCAGAAAAAGGAUGAACUAAUUCAUGAAUUGGUGCUGGAUGGUCACAGCAAGAAUGAGACCACCCUCCAGCCUGAGAAGAUGGAAGCUUCUGAACCCACUGACACCCAACAGAAUGCAAAUGAAAUUGAAGCUCUCCAGAAGGCCUUGGAUGCAGAAGAAGCAAUGGCUGAGUCAGACCAGGAAGAUGUCGGGCAGGCUGAGCUGGAAAUGAAAAAAGAGGAACUGCAGCUUGCAUUAAGGAAAGAGAAAGAAACCGGGCUUGAGCUGACCACAUUACAGUCUGCCUUCUCCAACCAGCAGCAAGAAUUCAAAUGUCAAGCAGUGGAGAUUGAAGCACUUUCAAACAAGAUUCAUGACAAGGAACAACAAAUUCAGGAUCUGCAGAUACAGUUGGUACAGCUAAGGGAGUCUCCAGAAGUGGAGAAGUGUACACAAGAGCUCCUAAUAUUGAGGGAGCAAGUGAAAACCAUGGAUUUAUCUGGGCCGAGUAGUGCAGGGAAAAAACACCAUCAGCUGAUCUGUGCUCUUGAAGAGCAAUUUUCGGAGCAGUCAAGAUUAAGUGAAGCACUUCGAGCUGAAAGACAACUCUACAAUAGCCUUGUUAAAUUCCACAAUCAACCUGACAGCGCCAGCAGAGAAACGACGCUGCAGACGGAGCUUUUGGCUGUGCAGGCACUCCGUGGACAACUGGAAGAGGCCCUCGGGACGACCCAGGAGCAGAUCGUCAGGAUGCAGGAGGAGUUCGAGAUGCCUGCAGAUUCUGGAGAGAACUACAGUGAGAAUGCCGAAGGUGACGAGAGCACUCGGUGUACACACAACAUCCAAUUGUUGAAUGAACAUCCAGAAGUUGUGGAGAAAAACCAUCAGAGAUCCUUCAAUGAUUCUGGAUUUAGAAGUCAGAUUGGAGAAACGGACACCAGCAUCUUGUUUCACAAUUCGUCGGUCACCAGCACAGAGGCAGUGGGCAGUUUUGAGAAGACAAAACUUGACGUGCAGAGACCGAGGGAAGAAAAUAAACUGAUGGAAGACAAGCUUGUGGAGCUGAAGUCACAGAUUGAGUCACCAGUGCCUCAUAUGAAGCCAUUACAUAAUCAGACUUUGGAGAAUGCAGAACAGAACAACAGCGUGGAAGAGUAUCUUGCGUUGCAGGGACAGGGGACAGACGCAAAGAAGGACAACCUUGAUGUAUGGGGCCUCAGAGAGGAGAUCAUAAAGCUAACUGUGAAAUUACAAAACUCGGAAAUAAUUAUCAGUCUCCUGAAAGAACAGCUGGAGCUCAACUCUUCCCAGACCGGAGAAAAACAUUUCAAUCCAGAGCUCAUUGUCAAUAUGGCCAAAGAAAUUGAACGACUAAAGUUUGAGAUCGGCCUAACUCAGCACUUGAAGGCAGACAUGCAUCCGUGUGACCGAGGGACAAAGCGGGCCAGACCCCAUUCACUCGACCUUGGAACUAUGUUGUCACAGGGUAAAAAUGGGACCCCAAAUGUAACUGAUGCUGGUCAGCAGGUUGGAUUAGUUUUGCAUGAUGUCAGUCCGUGGCAUCAUGGGGUGCUUGGACAGCAAUCCAACCCGUUUCAAACCAAGCUGGCUGAGUACAGACAACAGAACAAGGAAUUACAGGAGAAACUCGUAGUGACCGAGGCAACUGUAAAGGCCCAGGACAACCAGUUGCAGCAGUACAAAGACCUACUCACUGAAUCAUCAGUGGAGCAGGACAAUAAACAGGUGCAAGUGGACUUGCAGGACCUCGGUUAUGAAACUUGCGGAAGAAGUGAAAAUGAAGCUGAAAGAGAAGAGGCCAGUAGUCCAGACUACGGUGAAGUUGAUUCGCAAGAACAAUUGUACCCAAAGAAGAAAAUGGCCCAGCAAAACUCUACCCUCGGGAAACAACGCUCCUCUGCCUCCCACCCUGUCUUUUCCCUUCCACAGUCAAUGAAGUCCUGCCUGAGGAGGGAGCUUACUUAUGAAGAUGAUGGAAAGUUUAAUGACAUUGCCAUGCUGCACCAACAUGUCGAUGACCUCAAAGCACAACUGACUGAAUCUGACAAGGUCAUCCGGAGCUUGCAGUCUCAAAUCCGCUCCUUCUCAGAGACUAGUGAUUAUGCCUCCAGCCUCGAGAGACUGCAGAACAUUGCACAAGGUGAUGUAUUUGAGGCAUUGCAGCUUGAUGAGCAGGAAGAUGACGACGAGGCCUGGCAGUCUGAUGGAGGUGACCAUUGCCAACCAACGACGGGGUCCAACACAGAAAUAAAGAAGCUCAUUCACAGAGUUACCAGUCUAGAAUCACAGCUCAAGAGUGCGAAAGUGGCAGGUCCUUCGGCUAAAAUUGCGUCCUGGUCAGGGAAAUACGACUGUUUGAUCCAGAUCCAGGCUCGAGAGCUCUCCCACCUCCGUCAGAAGAUGCGUGAGGGCAGAGGCAUCUGCCACGUACUGAAACAACACCUGGGAGAUACCACAAAGUCCUUUGAGGAGUUGCUCAGAGCCAAUGAUAUUGACUACUAUAUGGGGCAGAGCUUCCGUGAUCAACUGGCACAUGGAAGCCAACUGGCAGAGAAGAUCACUCAUAAACUGACUGGUCGAGUCCCUUUGGAUAGCAGCAGCAAAGGAGACCAGGAGCUAUUUGUUGCCAGACUGAACAAAGAACUUGAGCAGAAAAACAAGCUCAUUGAAUCCCUAAACUGCAAACUACAGAGCCGGGCAGACACUCCGACCAACAGCCACGUUCUCUCAGAGUCUGAGCAAUCUGAUAGAGGAUCGUUUGUAUCGGAUGAGCAAGAGUCAACCAACGAUGACCUGGAUGCUUAUUGUUAUGAAGUUGACCUGAGCAGUGAGUACUCGCACGAUGAUCAACAGAGCACGGAGCUGGAAGCACAUGCCACAGCAGAUGAUCAAAAUCAUUAUGAAAAUUCAUCCCAACAUUCAUCUCUUGCAUCUGCCUCUUCAUGUGAAAGUCAACCCAAGGAUAAUGCAAACAUCUCACUCUCUCAACAACCCUGUGACACUGCUAAGACACAAAAAGGUUUCUAUUCCAGCAGUGUGCCACCAAGCCCUCAUGCCUGUCAGGCUUCAUAUUGUGCUGGCUUCCCUUCUCAGUUUGGAAGCAAGCCCUUUGGGCCAGCUUACCUGACACCAUCAACAUUUUCACUGGCCGAGGUCCAACAAGAACUUCACAUGUUACAAAGACAGCUGAGAGAAAACAUGACCUUCUCAGGAACCAGCCCAGGUGUGUCUUCACAUUUAGAACAAGCUGACGGUGCAUCUCAACCACAGAAUACUCUUCAGCGCCAGUUGAAUGCUGCCAACAAUCUGCAGGAGAACUUGACACCCUCCAAUGUUUCUAGUAUUGCACUCUGGGGAGCAGCUGAUCAAUCAGUGAGAAUGAGUACAGUGGGCGAUGUCUCCUCUGGAUCAUCGGGGUACCAGUCGGGGGUAAACAUGGCAGGUACAGAGUUGUUAGAGGAACAUUUUCGCGAAAUUCGCACCAUGCGUCAGCGUCUGGAGGAAUCCAUCCGUGCCAAUGACCGACUCCGGGAGCAGCUUAAAAUGCGCCUGGCAACUGCAGCCAAAGAGAACGAACAAGCUAAAGAGGUGGAACAAAUGCGAGAGACCCUUUUAAACUCCAGGACUAGAUACAAGCACUUAGAGACUGAGCUGAAUCACUGGAGGGAAGAGAACAAAAUGUUGCAAGCUGAUAUCCGGGAAAGGGAGCAGGAAACACUGCAACUGAGGGAGGAGCAGCAAUGCAGCCAAAGCAAAAACAACAGGCUGCUGCAGGAGCUGACUAUGGUUCAACAGCAGCUGAAAGAAAGCCACCAGCUGACUCAGUCCCUCAAGUCAGAGAUUGAAGUGUAUGAGAAGAUGUAUGAAAAAAAGAAAACUUUCCCAGUUUAUCCUGGAAGUGUUCAGCCCCAUGCCUUGGACAUCAGCAACUUCCUGAUGGAAAUCAGAGGCCUUCGGAUUCAGCUGGAACACAGUAUCCACACCAAUAGCUGCCUACGGAGGCAGCUGAAGGAACAGAUGGAUGAACACCGACCAGCUAGCCUCAACAUCAACCAUUUGACCCCAUCAGCCAGUGAACAUAGCAUCAGUAAACAGCUCUUCCAGGAUUGUGUUCCUUCACCACCUGUUCGAGACACUGGUUUGUUUUCACCUUUCCAAAUAAACCCCAAGGCAGCAUCCUCUGUGGCAGAUUUUAACAUGGAAGACACAUCACAGCGGAAUGAUGGUUAUCUCAGUGAUUCCAUGAGCCAGAUCUCCUGUUCCCUGACAGACGAUGAGCUUCCGGAGAGUUUCUUCGCUAAGAAAAAUGGAUUUCAUGUGAUUGGACAUAUUGAUGACUACAAUGCCUUGCAACAGCAGAUUAUGGAGGGCCGAAUGUUGGUUCAAAGGAUGGAAUCUAUUGUCCAAUCCUGUGUUAAUGCUGCCUUUCUUGAAAUUGAUGGAUCCAAGGAUUUAGAUCAUCAGACGGUCAAGCAACUCUUCUCCAAUACCAAUACUCUGCGCCAGAUCUUGGAUGAAACCUGCUCAUUGCUAAAAAUGUUCUGGAGAACUGCUCUGCCAAAUCCAAAUGGUGAUGUGCUGAACAAUCAAAAGGAGCAGUCGAUGAAAGAAGAGAUUUGCAGAUUGAAGAAUAAAAUAACAGAGCAGGAGAAUCUGUUGCAGAAUGCCAUCAGUCGCCUGAGGGCUACUAACCAAGUGAAGGAAGGAAUGGAGCAGUUCAUUGUCAGCCAACUUACAAGGACACAUGAUGUUCUAAAAAAAGCAAGGAAUAAUUUGGAGAUGAAUGAUUGCACAAUUUCUGGUGCUAAAACUUCCCAAAAUGACAACAAAGCAGAAAUCUCAACACUUGGUUACAUCCAUCCCCGAGACUGGAACUUCAUGAAUCAGAUGUACCCUGAAGCUGAAGCAAGAAGCCUGGGUCAAAAUUCACUGCCUGGGAAGAUUAAAAGAAAUGGCCCCAACCUGGUUCGAGUCGGAAACAUUGCAAACUACUGAAGUAGUACUUCCCUUUCUGUCUCAAAAAGAAGGCUAAACAAUGAUCUUGGAAUCUUAUUCUACCAAAAUAACUUGGGACAAGCAGAAGUAAAUUUAUUCUUUUGUGCCGCCAGAAAGAAUUAUUCUGCAUAAUCCACAUCUAAUGGUGGCUCUCUGAUGAUCCUACAUAAAACAAAAAUUCAGCCAACAUUCAUUGUUUUACAUAUAAAUCUGAAACGGGAAGUCUUGUUUAUGUGGGUCAAAACACAUUUACCAUAAGAUGCUGAUGUUUUUGCCCCUAGCAGUUUUAGAGGCUCAUUUGAAAUGCAAUAUUAACUUAUAAAGCUCAGUGUGAGAGAUUUGCAUGUAACGUUUAAUCAUGCUGUUUCAACACCUAAGAAAAACUCUUAAUGUCAAGAGCUACAUUGAGUUGCUAAUAUAUUAACAUGGAUGUAUUUAUUAUGAAAAAAUAACCAGUUCCAGAAAUGCUUUGAGCCCAAUGAUAACUUGGUGAAUAGUGUCCUGCAAUUUGAAUUUGUGUAAUUUAUAACAAAAAGCUAUAUCCUGGCCAUAACUGGAAAAAUAGAGCUGUACAACAUUUAAGACAGGAUAGAAUGUUCACUAAGCAUAAACAAACAAAAAAAUGGGUAUGUGCAAUAAAUUUGCCAAAGCUGUAACAUUAGUUUGGCCAAACACUGGAAUAAGACAAAAGCAAUCUUAUAAACCUCAACAACAUGAUCUAGCAUCAUGACAUUUCAGAGUUUUUAUUCAAAAAUACAGUAUGGUGGGUGAGAGUACGGUACAGAGUUAAGACAAUGCUGGCAACUCUGUAUUUACUAUUGUACACUUAUUAGAAAUACGUAGUGGAUAACUUUUGUAGCACUAGCAUUGUUUUUGUCUGAGCUGUAUAUAUAUAGCAUGAUGGCAAAUCUAUGGUGUUAAGUAUAAGUUGUAGUUUCUAUGGAAUUGUUUGCUGCUUGUUAUAAAUAGCUAAUACAUCUGCACAUGCAAUUAGUGUGUACAUAUUACAAAACCAUAUUGCAGAGAAGUAUGGUUUAAGUUAACUGUAUUCAUAUGUGUUAUUGAUGUGCCAUUUUUAUAAUUAUUAUGAAGAACAUUUUUGUUUCCCAACUGAACUGAAGAAUUUUCCCCAUUAAGAUUCAUAAUUGUCAAAUCAAUCCUUAUAAUUGAUUUCCCGGGAACUCAGAUUAAAUCUGUAUUACGAAAGCUUUGAAAGGCAUAAAGAUAAUUGAUGAUCACUGAUAAUUGGCACAACUGCAUUGAAGCAUGUUUUAUAGGGUGCAAACAAUUAACAUAUAAAGGUUACUAAAAAUCAUGAUGCAGUAUGUGCCCUUAUAGCAUUGUUGUACACUGUAUAAAGCGUAUAUACUGAUCAAUAUUUAGUGUCUGUUCUUCGCACUGUACAUAUGAUCCCAGUGUAUAUACAUUCAGUAAUAUGGUAGAUUGUAGCAUGUGUGUAUGGUUCAAUCCUGGGAAGUAAAGAUUGUUGUUCCUGGAUUGUUUUAAGAAAGCUGUUCUGCGAAAAUGAAAUUUGUGAAGUUGUUUAUUUAACAUCUGAAAGAAUAGUUUGCUUUCUUUGUUCAACAAAUAAAAAACAUUGAAUACUCAA